GUGGAUUUAAAGAUCGCAGGAGUGCCGGUACCGAAUUUUAAAGAAUCCCCAUGUGCUUCGAUGCAAAGAAAAAGAAGCAGGUUCGGUACUUAGCACUGAGCAGCAAAGUAGUAGUAGUACUCUGUGAGUGGCGAAGAAAAGCAAAAGUGCAGCAAAGUAGUACUCUGUGAGUGACGAAGAAAAGCAAAAGAUCGAAGACGCAGACAAUAAUCUGAGUGACGAUGACGCCUUUCAUCUGACUGAUGGAAAAGAAAGAUCAGAAACCAUUUGAAGAAGAUCCAACUGAUGAGUUUUUCGCUCUCCUGGCGAGGGGCGAAAUUUAAAGAUCCCGCAAUUGAGAUAAACGUUCCAACGCUUGAUCGCCUGAUGUAAGACAUGGAAACCUAAAGAUCCUGAUCCAAAAUUUGCUAAAGAGAUAAGCAAUGCGAUUUCUCAAGAUCGUGGUGUUAGGAAAUAGAGUCGGAUCCUGCAAGAGGAGACUUCACCAAUGAAUGUUGCUGCAAGAGCAAGUCGCGAGAGGAUCACGUUCUUGUCGGAUCAAAAAUUUAAAGAACGGUCACAACUUGAAUUUCUUGAUGGAAUCAAAACUAUGUAGUUGGAAACUAUGUUGUUGGCAAAAGCAAAAACCUUUCGUGAAUGUCUUGAAUUCUUUCCUCGACUCCUCAACCCCACAGGGACACCGAGCUAUCAGAUCGGUAGGUAUUGUACGACGGAAGUACAACACACCACUAGCACACUCUAAAACACCCCAAACCCUUACCUCAAAAUGGUGAAGAAGACUAUGGGCAAAAUCGAGCAGAACUCUCUGCAGGCUCGCGUGCACCACUACGAAAUCGUCGGGCGCGCCGCCCCUACGCAGAAGAACCCGGUCCCGAAGAUCUACAAGCUGAAGCUCUUCGCCAAGAACCAGGUCAUCGCCCGCUCCAAGUUCUGGUAAAAGAAGGAGUUUUUUUCGUUUCAGCAUCGCAUUUUUUCUGCAGGGCAGAUUUAGUUUUUUUUUCUGCGGAACGAUAUUCCUGCCGCUGUCUCAGUGUGCAGAUUUAGGUAUCUGAGCGCACGAGUUGCGCUGUAGUUGCGCGGAGUCUUUAAAUGUCAUUAUCUUCCUGCUUUACCAAAAUCCAACUCUUUCCCCGUCACCAACACAGGUACUUCAUGAAGAAGAUCAACAAGGCUAAGCGAUCCGGUGGUCAGAUCUUGCGUCAGACUGAAUUGUUCGACCAGGCCCCGACCAAGGUCUCCAACUACGGCGUGUGGUUGCGUUACGAGUCCCGCACUGACACCCACAACAUGUACAAGGAAUACCGGGACACCACGGUAUAUUAGGAUUUGUAGCCUUGCUGAAGUUGCAUGUCGAGUGAUUUUCUUUCUUGAUGCUGAACCUGCGUGAUACAUGGAUGUCUCGCAUAAAUUUAAAAGUGAAAAAGGGAUAUAGAUAUCCCCUGCAAUAUUCGAGAAAGCAAAGGCCGCGUCGGCAAGAACCGGAACUACUGUGUGCCUCUUCUAAAUGUCACGUAGCUAAACAGCCCGCAUGUCGUGUUAUCAUGAAGCAUGCUUUAGAUAGUCGACACAGAACAAAUAAGCGUAUCGAGCGAUGGCUAUUCGCAUUGUCCGUCCCAUGUCUUCAAACUUUUACUUUUCAACAACAACAAAACAGCUGAACGGCGCUAUGUCCCAGAUGGUCGCGGAGAUGGCUGGUCGCCACCGUGCGCAGGCUUCCUCCAUCCAGAUCCUGAAGACCGCGGUCAUCCACGACAAGUCCGCCAUCCGCCGCCCGCACGUGCUGCAGAUGCUGCCGCAGAACCUAAAGUUCCCGAAUGUCCGCCGCAUGCCGUUGAUCCCGAAGGGCGAGAAGAAGACCUUCCGCGCCACUCGCCCGACCACCUUUGCGCAGUAAGUUGCUACGGGAUAAUUAUGGGUCGUGACGUCGACGAUGCGUUGAGCGGUUCUUUGAACUGCUCAGCUGAGUGAGAUACUUGUACGUUUUAGAGUUGUCAGUAGAGAACCCGAGAAAACCAAGACGGAGAACUCAUCAUUCGAUGAUGACGAAAAUACGUGUUGCUAGUGAAGUUCAUUUGAAGUCGAGAGAAAAAGGAGGUACAGAGUACCGCCUCGGAAAUUUUCGGAAUCGAUGAACUCCUGAACGCACCGAGAAAUGGACGCUAGUGUAGAAGAACUUCCGUUUUUAUCUACCCGAUCAGAU